AUGGUAGUAGUUCUACUACUUCAUCAUCAUCAUCAUCAUCAAGCAUGUGAUGCAACUAGUAAUAGUGAUAACCAAAAAUUAUGUCCACCUUCUUCAUGUGGCAAAAUGAGAAACAUAAAACAUCCGUUCCGACUUAAAAAUGAUCCAACAAACUGUGGUGAUCCGAGGUACGAGUUAUCCUGUGAAAACAACAUCACAACGCUAAGUCUGUUUUGGGGUAAAUACUAUGUGAAAUCAAUCAACUACAAAAACUACACAAUCAGAGUAGUUGAUCCUGGAAUAGAAGAAGGUGAUUGCACCAUUCCUCGCUAUUUCUUAACCGCAACCAAUUUCACAAGUUAUUACAGUCAUUACGAGUACAAGGGGGAUCCAUACGCAUUCCAUGAUUAUUCUAGGCCGGAGCAUGUAGUAUACUUGAACUGUAGCAAGCAACUGAAGAACGAUCCUAUGUAUGUGGAUACAUCUACGUGUAGACUGAACUCCGAAAAUAACAGCUAUAUUUAUGCAAUUGCUGGGGACUUUAGAGUUGUUAAAUUGAAUGUUGGUUGCCGCGUGAAGCUUGUUACUAUGUCAUCAGCUUUAGCUUUUAUCUCCAAGAAAGAUUUUCAACCUUUUUCAUAUGUGGAAAUUCAUCGAUUUCUAAGCUAUGGAUUUGAACUUUCGUGGAUAAGACAACCUUGUGAAGAUUCUUGUGACAUGAACCAACAAAACUGCUACAUGAAUUACGACAGCGGAGGUCUUGUAUGUACAGUUGACUAUUGCACAACUCCAUUGGGAAUUGAUAUCAGUUGUGGACUACUCCAAAUAGUCGGCGUGAAAAGAAGUUCAGUAUUAUUAGGUGGAGCCUUUGAUUUAUCCAAAGUUUCUGAUUCUAAAAUUGCCAUUGAAUUAGGAAGAAUAAGUGGAAGGUAUCUCUUGCCAUCAUUUAUAAUGAGAUUUAUGCUAGGCCUUGUAGUUUUCUUUGUGCUAUUGAUAUAUACAUGUAGAAGAAGACAUACCUCAGCUUACGAAAAUAUUGAAGUUUUUCUUCGUGGAAGUACCUUGAUGCCAAUCAGGUAUUCAUACAAAGAUAUAAAGAAGAUGACUAAAAGUUUUAAGGACAAGUUGGGUGAAGGAGGGUUUGGUUCUGUUUAUAAAGGAAAGUUAAGAAGUGGUGCAUUUGUUGCCAUAAAGAUGUUGGGUAAGUCUAAGGGUAAUGGACAAGAUUUCAUUAGUGAGGUUGCAACUAUAGGAAGAAUACACCAUGCAAAUGUGGUAAGACUUAUUGGAUUUUGUGUGGAGAGAUCAAAAUGUACUCUUGUUUAUGAAUUCAUGCCCAACGGCUCUCUUGAUAAAUACAUUUCCUCUAAAGAUGAUGUUAUUAAUCUAACUUAUAAGAAAAUGUAUGAGAUAUCUAUUGGAGUGGCUCGUGGAAUUGCUUAUUUGCAUCAAGGAUGUGACAUGCAAAUCUUGCAUUUUGAUAUCAAGCCCCAUAACAUACUUCUUGACGAGAACUUUAUCCCCAAGGUUUCUGACUUUGGUCUUGCAAAGCUUUAUCCUAAUGACAAUAGUAUUGUAAAUUUAACUGCAGCAAGAGGAACAAUUGGUUAUAUGGCUCCCGAGUUGUUCUACAAAAAUAUUGGUGGAGUAUCAUACAAGGCUGAUGUUUAUAGUUUUGGAAUGCUUUUGAUGGAAAUGGCAAGUAAGCGAAGAAAUUUAAAUCCACAUGCGGAUCGUUCAAGCCAACUUUUCUUUCCCUAUUGGAUUUAUAAUCAAUUGAUUGAAGAAAACGAGAUAGAGAUGGAUGAAAUUACUGAUGAGGAAAGCAGUAAUGUGAAGAAAAUGUUCAUAAUUGCAUUAUGGUGUAUACAGUUAAAACCAAGUGAUCGUCCUGCAAUGAACAAAGUAAUAGAGAUGCUCGAAGGAAAUAUUGAGAAUAUUGAAAUGCCUCCAAAACCUUCUUUCUGUCCAAAUGAAAUUAUUGAGGAAGACCUAGAAGUCAAGUCUAAUGAAAUUGAAUCAGACUCAGUUGGUUUUAUUGAGGAAGAUACAACAGAGCCCUUAUUGAUGAAUUCUGCUUGA